GCCACCUCGUCAUGCCGGAGCCUUCUCGCUCGGCUCCGGCCCCCAAGAAGGGCUCCAAGAAAGCCAUUACGAAGGCACAGAAGAAGGACGGCAAGAAGCGCAAGCGCGGCCGCAAGGAGAGCUACUCCAUCUACGUGUACAAAGUGCUCAAGCAGGUGCACCCCGACACGGGAAUCUCGUCCAAGGCCAUGGGCAUCAUGAACUCGUUCGUCAACGACAUCUUUGAGCGCAUCGCCAGCGAGGCCUCCCGCCUAGCGCACUACAACAAGCGCUCGACCAUCACGUCCCGCGAGGUGCAGACGGCCGUGCGCCUGCUGCUGCCCGGGGAGCUGGCCAAGCACGCUGUGUCGGAGGGCACCAAGGCCGUCACCAAGUACACCAGCUCCAAGUGAGGCGCGUCCCUGGCGCCCUGAACCCAAAGGCUCUUUUCAGAGCCACCUCUAAGCUCAAAAAGGAGUGUGCCACCUCCUCUUGUGACCUGUGAUCCAAUCGGGUGCUGGGGGGAGGGUGCACUGCGCAAUGGAGGACAUAACUCCUAAGAUUGGACCUCUUGUUCCUUACGGCACUUUUUUCUCCCCCCCCCCCCACCCCAAUCCCCUUCCUUCCUUUCUUUCUAUGUCUGUUUUGCUUUAAAUCAAUCAAGUCAGCCUUGGCCAUAGGAAGCUGGAACGGUCCAGGCGAUGGCACCGGAGGAAAUCAGGCUGGGUGGGGAGUGUACCGAGCUCCUCUGGCCCAUCCUCUGCCACCCCACACCCCACUCCGUGUCCCCUCGUGCGUGAGGCUGGAGGAUGCCUUGGGUGUUUAUACCGCCCUGGCUGGAGCGCUUGAAAACAUCAUUCUUAGCCUUCCCUCCCUCCCUCCCUCCCUAGCCUCCAUUAACCACCGCGAACGUCUGUGGGAAAGCAAAUUGCAGUUGUGUUUCACAUAAUCAGCCCUUUACGUCGCGUUUCAGUUCGGAAACACCACAUCUGGUUCAUGGGCACCCGCUUCACUCAACUAGGAUAUCCCAGCAAUACCUGUGUUCUUCCAUACACAUAUACACAUGGGUUUUCCUCCCAUAGCAAACGGUGAAAAAUCUAUUUUAUUUCAUCCCCAGAAAUGUGUGUGUAUAUAUGUGUCUGAAUAUGAAUGUAUCUUACAAACAUCUGUAUAUAACUAAGCCUAGCAAACGGUGAAACAUCCUUUUUAAUAA